AUGGCCGCAGUAAAUACGAGCAGUGCUGUUGCUCCAGAAAUUACUUUGAAAAGAAAAGGUAAAAAGGGCAUUUAUAAGUCAGAAGUUAUUAAAAAAGCGAGACUGUGUGGAGAAGAAUAUGUAAAUUAUAAGGGUAACGUUGUACCUGCAAUGGAACCAGGAGAAGACUGUCGUUGUCGUCUGAAGUGCUUUCAAAAAGUUAGUGCAGAUAUCAGGAAUGAAAUAAUUACUAAAUUCAGAAGCAUGCUUACCAAGGAUGCACAAGAUUCCUACUUACAAGGGCUUAUGGGAAAGUGUGAAAUAAAACAAAAACGACCACGUAAAGAAAAUCCGAAGAAUAGAGGAUAUAAUAUUAGUUAUUCCGUGUCAGGUUCAUCUGGUAAAAUUACUGUAUGCAAGAAAGCUUUCAUUAGUAUUCAUGCUGUCAGUUUUCAACGUAUUCGAAGAAUUUCCAGCCUUCUUGCACAAGGAAGAGCACCACUAGAUAAACGUGGGAAAAACGUAUCAGGUAAUGCUAAGCCUGGACUUAUAGUAGAACAGAUCAAAAGUCACAUUGCUAGUUUUCCCACUAAGAUUGCACAUUAUACAGGAAAAGAGAAAUUUUACUUAGACAAAAAACUGAAUGUACGAAAAAUGUAUGAUCUAUUUUGUGCUAAAUUUCCCGAUAAUAAAUCAGUAAGGUACAAGUUUUAUUUGAAGAUUUUCCAGGAACACUUUUCUCUGUGUUUUGGGCGUCCUCAGGUAGACACAUGUUGUGAAUGUGAGCAAUUAGAAGUGAAAAUUAGGAGUCCGUCUUUAAACGAGACAGCAAAACGGGUGGCUAUUGCGGAAUUGUCUGUACAUAAAAGACGGGCAAAAAAGUUUUACAAUAAAAUGGCAGAAAUUACAGAGAUAUGCAAAGCCGAUCCCAGUGUAUGUGGCAUAACGUUUGACUACAUGCAAAAUCUCCAGCUACCUGUUGUGCCUGUGCAGGAGAGUUUUUAUUUACGUCAACUGAACUAUAAUGUCUUUGGAAUUCAUAACAUUCAAAUAAAUCAAGGGAUGUUCUAUACCUACCACGAGGGUCAAGCCCGAAAAGGCCCCAAUGAAGUUGCCUCCUUUCUUAUGGAUUACAUUAACUCUGAAGUAUCGACUGGUGUAAAGCAUCUUCACCUUUUCUCUGACAGCUGUGCCGGCCAAAACCGGAACCAUACCGUUAUAAGAUUUCUGCUUUCGUUAGUGGAAAAUGGAAGAUUUGAGUCUAUAAACCAAUACUUCCCACAACGCGGCCAUUCCUUUUUGCCGAACGACAGAAACUUUGCCGUGAUAAAAAGGGUCAUUAAAAAAUGUGACCGUGUUUAUAAUCCAAAAGAAUACACAGAAAUGAUAGUAAACUCUACAAGACACAAGAAGUUUUUUGCCAAAAUGGUAGACACUUUAGAUAUUAUAGAAUUCAAAAAAUGGUGGCCUACCUAUUACAAAAAAAAACUGUUUGUCGGAAGAUUCGGUAGGCAAAUUAGUUCAAAGAGAUAA